AUGGAGUUGGUGGGAAAGAAAAAUGCCACAUCGCCUAUUUGGCAAUAUUUCGGGUUUACACCAGAUGAAAAAGGUGAACCCGCCGAUGUCACGCAGGCAGUUUGCAGACUUUGCUCGAAGGUUGUGCCGGUAAAAGGAUCACAAACCACAAACAUGUAUGUACAUUUGCGUGGCCGCCACCCUGCUGAGGCUGCUAAACUAGCGCCAAGAGAAGGCACGAUUAGCAAAGAUCGAAGUCAGCCAUCAAUCAUCGGAGCUUUUUCAAAAAGCACAAAGUAUAAAAGAAACAGUGAAAGGUGGGCUCAGUGCACUGCAGCUGUAUCGAAGUACAUUGCGAAGGAAAUGGUCUCCUAUCAUACAGUCGAGAAAGCAAGCUUUAAAGACCUGCUCCAAACCUUUGAUAAACAGUACGAGCUGCCUGGGCGCAAGUACUUCACCGAAACAGCUAUCCCAAACUUGUACAAUGAAACUAGGGACAUCAUUGCUAAAGAUCUGAAAGCUGCUAACUUUGUUGCUUUGACCACAGACAUGUGGUCAAGCAUAAACAUGACCCCCUAUAUGUCUGUGACAGUCCAUUAUAUUUCGGAAGAUUGGAAGCUCGAAGCAAAAUGCCUGGAAACAACAUUUAUUCCGGAGAAUCACACUGCAGAGGUACUGGCUGAGGCGCUGUCAGAUGCCAUGCAAGAUUGGGACAUAGAACCGAGUAAAAUUUCAUGCAUUACAACUGACAACGGGGCCAAUAUUGUUGCGGCCAUACGAAGGCUCGGAUGGCCAUGGCUGAACUGUUAUGGCCAUAACUUGAAUGUGGCAGUGAAUUAUUCUCUACAAAAGGAGAAAACAAAAACUGAUCGCGCUCUUGGAAUCUGUCGCAAUAUUAACGGGGCAUUUUCUCACAGCUGGAAGAGGCGACAAGAGCUCCGCAAGGCGCAGGAACAGCUAAAUUUACCUCAACGUAUGCUGAUAACGGAUUGUACAACUCGUUGGGGAUCAACAUAUGCCAUGGUAGUAAGAUUUCUGGAACAGCUUCCUGCCAUCAAAAGGGUUUUUGCUGAUGACAAGAGCCGUCGUGGAACACUCCCAAACGUGACCUGGCAGGACAUUGCUGUACUAGAGGCUGUCAGGGAUGGGUUGAAGCCUGUCGCAGAAUUUACUGAUAUUUUAUCAGCUGAAAAUUACGUGACAGUCUCAUCUCUGCUGCCCAUGCUGCAGCUAACAAAGGAUAUCCUGAAGGAGGAGGAGACUGAUGUGGAGAUGACGGCAGGAAUUAAACGGCGGAUUUUGGAGAAACUCAACUCGAAAUAUGACGACAGUACCCUCCAACUAAUGCGCAAAUCUACCCUCCUUGACCCACGCUAUAAGGGCGACCACAUCGAUGCCGCACAACUUGAUGUGAUCAAAUCACAGCUUGAGGUUGAGAUGGUGGAAUAUUGGAAUAUGCCACCUGUACCCAUCAGAGUGGAGGAGGAAGAGGAAGAUGAUGCGGCAGGUACGUCAUCAAGUGAGAAUCAGCCGGCUAAGAGGAUCAAAACACUGGGUCGUCUUCUUGGGAGAGCAAAGCCGUCUGUGUCCACAUCCACACCUGUAGACCAGCGCGCAAAAUCUGAAAUCACGUCUUACUUACAAGAGGAAGUAAUUGAUGGUGAUGACAAGCCACUGGACUGGUGGAAAGAAAAUAGACGCCGUUUUCCUUUAAUGGCAAACCUGGCAAAAAAAUACCUGUGUGUUACCGCAACUAGCACCCCUUCAGAGCGCGUGUUUAGCGCAGCCGUCUGUGUGGAGCCCUUCUGUCAGUGUGAAUCACCUUCAGGCAGUCUGGAUCUCUCAGCCGAGUCUGCUCCACUGCCUGGCCUGUGUGACAUUCAGGAUUUGUCUAGCCUGUUUGCGCUUGUUUUCAUGCAUGCCUGUGUUUGUCCGUCACUCCAUCCAUCACUUAGAAUAGCACCACAGGUGAAGCGAAGACAGCCGAUAGUAACCUUGAGCUGGUAA